GGGAGCGGGGAGCUCCUCGUCUGCUCUUCUCUCGCAAACGGUGCCCGCUGCCUGCCCCCAGCGCGGGCCCUUCGGGCGGUACUCGUUGCAGGGCGAAGAGCCCGCGCCUCUGCCCCUACUGUGUUCUUGGGACGCGGCCCGGCGGUAGGAACGUGGCGGUAGGGAGCGAUGCCCCUCUUCGGGAGCACCUUCAGCCCUAAGAAGACCCCGCCGCGGAAGGCCGCCUCGCUGUCCAACCUGCACUUGCUGGACAGAUCCACCCGCGAGGUCGAGCUGGGCCUGGAGUAUGGCACCCCCACCAUGAACCUCACUGGGCAGAGCCUCAAGUUUGAGAACGGCCAGUGGGUGGCAGAAAUAGGAAGCUUCACGGGAGAUCGCAGGGAAAUGCAGCGCUUGCGUAAACGCAACCAGCAGCUGGAAGAGGAAAACAAUCUCCUUCGUUUGAAGGUGGAUAUUCUGCUGGACAUGCUCUCUGAGACCACCGCCGAGUCCCACCUGAUGGAGAAGGAGCUGGAGGAGCUGAAGAGUCACAUCCGGAGGAGGAAGUGACAGAAGCGGUGGCUGAGGGAGAAGGGAGAGGAGGUCAUGGGACACUUUCCCUGUUCCUGCAGGCAGAGACUGGCUUGGGUGUCCGGGCUGUAUUGGUACCACAUAUAGAUAGUUCCACGGGACAAGAUACUUGCAGUAUUGCAUCGGUACUGUGUAAGGGUGCUUCCGCAUCCCAGUACGUCACAUUGUGCACUGUUAACCAACGCUCACGUUUGUUCUCGGAGCACUUUACCACUUUUUAGCACUCGUGGCUGUUAGCCGCAGGUACACGUGCCUCACAGCAACCUGGCAGCACCGUGCUCCCUGUAAGCAGAGAUCUGUGCCACGGCAGAUGCUUGGAUUCACAGCCGGGCUUUGUGCAGGGCCUUUGGCGAGCGGGGCGCUGACCUUGCUUGUUUUCGAGCGUUCGGCAUCGUUUACGUGAAAACUCACAUUAAAACGUUCGUUGGAACCAAAA